CCCCACUCUCCUGUCCCGCCCUCUGCCCGGUCCCGCGGCUCGGUUCGGUUCUUCACUCACACGUAUAGAGAAGCUACAGAGAAACACAGCAGGCGGCAGGAAGCCCGGAGGAAGGACGGACGCGAGCCGCACCGCUGCGCACUGAGAAGGUGGUACCGGGUUGUAUACGGAGUCACCAAGAUCCGGUGGUCCUGGCUGAUCAGGGGUCCCACAUGGCCGCUGGAGGGACGCAUCCUGCAGGGCAGCGUGGACCGUAGAACUGGAUCUGGGGCUGAAGAUGCGAGCAGGGAACAUUAUGAAGUUUGCGGUGGCGGUGUUGUGGUUCUCCUUCUUGGCUCUUGGGAAGGCUGUUCUACAAGAAGCCACAGAAGACUUUGUGUCUCUGGCGGAGAUGGAGGACUCCUUGCUGAGAAACCUCUUCAAAGGUUACCAGAAGUGGGUGCGGCCCAUCCAGCACGCCAACGACACCAUCACAGUACGCUUUGGACUGAAGAUCUCUCAGUUGGUGGACGUGGAUGAAAAGAACCAGCUGAUGACUACAAACGUCUGGCUCUGGCAGGAGUGGACCGAUGUGAAGCUGAAGUGGAACCCAGAUGACUAUGGGGGCAUCACCUCCAUCAGAGUGCCGUCAGAGACCAUUUGGCUGCCUGACAUUGUUCUGUAUGAAAAUGCUGAUGGUCGAUUCGAAGGCUCCUUGAUGACUAAAGCGAUCGUUCGCUGGGAUGGCACCAUAACAUGGACUCCACCUGCCAGUUAUAAGUCCUCCUGCACCAUGGACGUCACCUUCUUCCCCUUCGACCGACAGAACUGCUCCAUGAAGUUUGGUUCGUGGACUUACGAUGGACACAUGGUGGACCUGGUCCUGGUGGAUCACUACGUGGACCGCAAGGACUUCUUUGACAACGGCGAGUGGGAAAUCCUGAACGCCACAGGAGUGAAAGGAAGCAGGAGAGACGGGGUGUACUGGUACCCGUUCAUCACCUACUCCUUCAUCCUGAAGAGGCUGCCACUGUUCUACACCCUGUUCCUCAUCAUCCCGUGCCUCGGCCUGUCCUUCCUGACUGUGCUGGUGUUCUAUCUGCCGUCGGACGAGGGCGAGAAGCUGUCGCUUUCCACGUCAGUGCUGGUGUCGCUCACAGUGUUCCUGUUGGUCAUUGAAGAAAUCAUCCCGUCAUCCUCAAAGGUGAUCCCACUGAUUGGAGAGUACCUCCUCUUCAUCAUGAUCUUUGUCACCUUCUCCAUCAUYGUCACAGUUUUUGUGAUAAACGUCCAUCAUCGCUCCUCUGCCACCUACCACCCCAUGGCCCCCUGGGUAAAGAGCCUGUUUCUUCAGAGACUGCCCAGGCUGCUGUGUAUGAGGGGUCACACUGAUAGAUACCACUUCCCAGAUAUUGAGAUGAGGAGCCCUGAGCUGAAGCCUCGGCGAGGUCUGGGGAGGAGGGGCGUUCCAGGUGGCCAGCAGAGAGGAGCCCUCRGGGGGACGGAGGACGAGAACCAAGCCUGGCUGGCGAUGCUGGAAAAAGCCACWAACUCGGUUCGCUACAUCAGCCGCCACAUCAAGAAGGAGCAYUUCAUACGAGAGGUCGUACAGGACUGGAAAUUUGUGGCUCAGGUGUUGGACCGGAUUUUCUUGUGGGCCUUCCUAACAGUCUCAAUCCUGGGAACUAUUCUAAUCUUCACUCCGGCUCUGCACAUGUACCUCAGCACACCGUCAUGAAACCAUCAACUCAUUUAUUUAUUUUUUUUUUUUUUUGGUCUUUCAGUCUGUGGGAUUUAUUCACUAAGUUAUUCAUACUCCACGAAAACAAGCUCAGGCUCCAAACGUCCUUCUCCCACAGUGUGGUUCGUUACCCAUAAUAACRACUGGGAACUGUAAUGUUUUAAAUUUGAUUAAACUUUCAUUCCGAGCUGCAUGAACAGGAGUGAGAAGAAGUGAAAGCAAUAAGCAGAACGAUGUCGAGAACGAUUCAAAAUGUCAUAAUUGUAUGACUGUAAUAUUGCAAUGGUAAUUGCAAUAAAAUGCACAAUAUCACCUCAUAAAGAAUGGUUUUAUCUGUCACAUGCACUUUGUUGUCAAGCCAGUUGCUAAACUGUAUUUUCUGUGUGACGAUGGGAAUAAAAAUAAACCAGAAUCAAUA